ACUUUCCCGCCUUCCACCUUUCUUCCGUCUCAGGCAAACAUGGCUGCACGGUCAAUCUCAAAAAAGCGAAAGUUCGUAGGAGACGGAGUGUUCAGGGCUGAGCUGAACGAGUUCCUGACUCGUGAACUCGCCGAAGAUGGUUACUCUGGUGUUGAGGUGCGUGUCACACCAACACGUACCGAGAUCAUCCUCUUGGCCACUCACACACAGAGUGUGCUUGGAGAGAAAGGACGGAGAAUCCGUGAAUUGACGUCUGUCGUCCAGAAGAGAUUCAACUUCAAGGAUCAAACCGUUGAAUUGUACGCUGAGAAGGUGGCAACCAGGGGUCUGUGUGCCAUUGCCCAGGCCGAGUCCCUCAGAUACAAGUUGAUCGGUGGUUUGGCUGUCAGAAGAGCGUGUUACGGAGUCCUUCGAUUUAUAAUGGAAUCCGGAGCAAAGGGUUGUGAAGUCGUUGUCAGUGGAAAACUCCGAGGACAGAGAGCAAAGAGUAUGAAAUUCGUUGACGGCCUCAUGAUCCACUCUGGAGAGCCAACAGCUGACUACGUCGACACAGCAACUCGUCACGUCCUCCUCAGGCAAGGUGUCCUGGGGAUCAAGGUAAAGAUUAUGCUGCCAUGGGAUCCGAAUGGAAAGAUUGGACCCAAGAAGCCCCUGCCUGACAAUGUCAGUGUAGUUGAGCCGAAGGAGGAAGUACUCCCUCAGCAGCCAUCCUCUGAGGUUAAGGCCGCCAAGGAUGCUGCACAGGCAGCACCCAUUCCUGCUUAAUUCUACUGAACUCUUUACAAUAAAAACAUGAGAACGUGA